GACAAAUAAUUAAAUCAGCUGUGCCAUAAAUCGAAAUUAUCGAAAUAAUAAUAGUAGCGUUUUUAUUAAAAAACCAUUAUGUUUUAUUGCUUGAUUUGCUGUGUCAUUUAUAAUGGAUUCCAAUCAUCAGCGAUCACCAUCAACUCCAAUUUCAUCAAGCGAAGCUCAAGAAUUGAUGUCCCUUUUGACUGGAGAAGAAUCGCCAUCAACCACCAAUAAAUCAUUGAAUGAAAUUCCUUUGUUUGAAUUUACCGAAGCAGAUUACAUUGCUGUACAAUGUGAAUUAAAUUCAACAUUUGACCAAUUACUUCGUGAACGGUGGAUAUCAUCUAUGAAAGCUGGCUCGAUGAAUUAUUCGAUUGAAUCCACCGGAAGUUUACAAACCAAAAUAAUAUCCUCAAACAAAUAUCGUUUUGUAGCCAAGCUUUUAGAAGGUCGAGGCCCGGGUAAACGUCGGACACCGGAUACUAUGCUCUCUUUAGCCAUGCCUUUCAAUCCAGACAAAUUUAAUUUCACCAAAGUCAAUUCCAAAGAAAUCCUGUUUCGAAUCAAAUGCUAUAAUGAAGAAAUGAAAGCCCAUCUAGAAGCGACAGUAUUGGUAAACAAAAGUCCAAUCGAAUAUUGUUCAUCAUUGUUGGUGCCAUAUUUAGAACGAUGCUUACCACAAGUGAUGACCGAACAAGCCCUUACCUUAGCUGUUUCAAUUUUGGCAUUGUCUGAUUUUUCCAGUUUACGUUUAGGAUACAAUUCCUUAGGAUCAAUGGCUUCAGUGAAUCAUUUACAUUGGCAUAUUUAUUAUUUGGAUCAUCGUUUACUAAUCGAGACUUUACCAGUGGUAGAUUAUGUGCUUCAAGAAUGGCCUAUACCAGCAAUUGUUUUUGAAAUUGCCGAACUAAAUGACGAAUCCAUUGCUAUCAUUAUAAAAGAUGUGAUGCGGAUCAUUGAUUUUUGUCUCGAUGAUGGCCAAAUUUGUCAUAACAUAUUCAUAACUCGCACUCCGAUGGGUAUGAUACGAAUAUUUAUCUGGUUACUAGAACCUAGAUGGGGCCAAAAAGAUCAUGCAAACCUCAAUGUUGCUAUGAGUGAAUUAUCCGGUUAUUUCAUGUGCAAGUUACGAGAUUCAUUCGCAACAAUAGAUGAAGCUAAAUGUUUAUUUACUCUUCGGUCGGUAGUAUCGGUCCACGAGAAAGCCUUGCCAUUAUUGCAAUGAUUAAUGCAAUGUUAAAUUUUUUCAAUUUUUAAAUAUUAUUAAAAAAAAUCAACAAUUUUGAAAGCAACAUUGCCAACUUCAUUCACUUAGAGAUAAAGAAAAUUAUUUUUCAGU